AUGGCGACAAAUGAUGAUGUCAAACGCGCGACGUCUGUGCUAACGAUUGCACAAAUCAAGUUCAAGCAGGCAACGAAGAGGACAGAUACCGAAGAUCGUCUACCUCCCAUUUCAGUCGAAGUUAGCUCGCAGCUCUUCAGCAACAUAGAUGCUGUUCUUAAGCAGAACACGCGUGUGAACAUCCAGAAAUGCACAGAGUGGAUCGUGAAGCACGUAGCUCCCUCCAAGGCUCGGAUCGUCAUCCUCGGCGACUAUCUCAUCGCUGUCUCCAAGUCCAUUGUUGUAGACCAGAGUAGUCCAGGACUAGCACAGAAAGCACCACGCAACCGGAUGGAUCUUUUGUUGAUUAUCAACGAUGUCCUGCAUACUGACAAGUUCCAUCGUCGCAACACGAUGAAGCAGAUUAUUUUCGGCGACGAGUGUGGAGGCUUUGUUGUUGACUUGGUCGAUCAAGCAGGCGCAUGUAUCACUGAGAAAGGAUCGCAACUAGAGCUGAAGCUGAGAGCCAUUAUCAACUACUGGACCAUUAAUAGGCUCCUCAGUGCAGAGAGUCUGAAGGCCUGUCGAGACAAGGCAGAUGAAGCCCUGCUCAUUGCCCAGGGUGGCAUGCCUGUUCGCAAGCGCAACUACCUUCUACCAGAGUUUCACGGCGACCGAACUGCCCCAUGGCACGAUCUUCCCGCAUCAUACAUGCUCGAGCAGAUGAUCAAGCACCCGAGACGGCCGAUCAACCCCUCCAAGAUCCAGAUCCAAAAGUUCGACAAGAAGGCCGUCAGCCCUCACGUUCGCAACCUGCUCGACAACUUCUUCGAAAAGAUCGACCUGAAAUACCAGCCAACGGGCGAUAAUCCGACGGGCGAGACAAGCAAGUACAGGCUGUCAUUAGACCCUAUGGGGCAGUUGGUCAAGCAGAAUAAGGAGACUGGUGAGAUAGCAACAGUGGCAAAUGGUUACGGCUGGUCCCCGAAGUUUUGUCAAGACAUGCAGAAGUUUGGCGUUCCAGAAAACAUCAAGAUUGCGCGAGAAGACGCUGAGCGUAUGGAGGACAUGGAGGACCCACCAGUCUUAUCCGUGACGCGUCGCGAUGACCGACACAGCAGACCUACUACUUCUUCGUCAGACUCGGAGUACAGGCGGGAGCGCAAGGGAUACAACCGCAGUCGAAGUCGCAGUUACUCUCGUCAUAGCUCCGGGUCGUAUGACAAUGGUCAUUCGCCUCCACGUCGAAGGUUCCGCGAUGGAACUCAAGGUCGCCGCAGGAUCUCACCCUCGCCACCAUCUAAGAACACGCGUCGAGAACUCGAGGACAGAGGACUCGUUGAGCCUGGACGACAACUAAGGGCAUACGGCAGAGAUGGGUCUCAACCUGCAUCGCAGUGGAAUGGUCCGAACAGGAAUAGCCAGGGCAGUCCAGGUAACCAUGAACAUCAUGCGCCGCCCAUGCCGCCACAGAACUAUGGUCAGUCGUUCUCUCAGUCGCCGCAACCACCUUUCAACGCACCACCGUUUGCACCGCAGCAUAUGCCAGGUCAAUUUCAAGGCCAGUCCCCGAAGCCAAUGCCGCCAUUCGGAGUUCCACCGCCUCCCCCACCGCAGUUCCAGGGACUCGAAGGUAGCUUCGUUCCUCCUCCUCCACCCUCCAAUUUCAACGGUGUGUGGGCCCCUCCUCCCCCGCCGCCCAACUACAACGGUGUAUGGCCGCCUCCUCUUCCUCCGCAUAUGAGCAUGCCGCCAAACGGUCCGCAGCAAGGCAACCAGCAUGGCAACCAGUACGGCAAUCAAGGUGGUAACCAGUACGGCAACCAAGGAGGCAAUAACUUCGGUUCCGGUACCUAUGGUCAGAACCGAGGCGGAUUCCAAGGUGGACGUGGUUAUGGAGGUGGACAGCGUGGUGGGUACAAUGGCGGCAACAGAGGCGGUUGGAGGGGAAACGGACGGGGAGGGCGAUACUGA